AUGUCUGAGGACCCACGCGCUGCGCUCCAUCUUGUUGGCAACUAUUUGUUUGGUGGCCUGCCUUUUGUGCGGCGAAUGAUGGCCGAAGCCAUGCUCGACCACAUGGAAGACCUGCUGCCAGAGUCCACCGAAAUCAGCAAAGAGGCCUUGGAGCAGGCAACGCAGGCGCAGGCCAUCUCUGCGAGCACUGACGAAGCCGCAGCCUCAGAAGUGGGUGUCCCUGCUGGUGAGAGCCCUGCAAAUUGA